AUGCCGCGCCGCUUGCUUGUGGCCAGUCGGGAGUAAGCGAGGGUGAGACACACAGACACGCGCCCGCGCGCGCGAGGCCCAGAGCCCCAGAGAUGUCGCCGCGGCCGCACUUCCUCGUCCUCACCUUCCCGUUCCAGGGCCACAUCGCCCCGGCGCUCCGCCUCGCCAGGCGCCUGCUGGCCGCGGCGCCCGACGCGCUCGUCACCUUCUCCACCACCGAGGCCGCGCACAGCCGCAUGUUCCCGGCCAAGCCCGACGACGGCGGCGCCGAGGUCCCCGAUGACGACGAAGUCGGCGGCCGCCUCGAGUUCCUCCCGUUCUCCGACGGCACGGUGGCCGGGUACGUCCGGACCGGCGACCCGGGCGCGUUCAACGCCUACAUGGCGCGCUUCCACGCCGCGGGGGCGCGCAGCGUCGCGGGGAUCGUGGACGCGUUCGCGGCGCGGGGCCGCCCGGUCUCCCGCGUCGUGUACACGCUCUUACUCCCGUGGGCGGCCGACGUCGCGCGGGAGCGCGGCGUCCCGUCCGCGCUCUACUGGAUCCAGCCGGUCGCCGUGUUCGCCAUCUACUACCACUACUUCCACGGCCAAGACGGCGUCAUCACCGAGCACCGUCACGACCCGUCCUUCGUCGUGGAGCUCCCGGGCCUCGCGCCUCAGACCAUCGGCGAUCUGCCGUCCUUCCUGACCGAAUCCACCGACCCUUCCAAUAUGUUCCACAGCGUCUUCACCGGGAUCCGCGACCUGAUCGAAACGCUUGACAAGGAAAGCCCCAAGGCCACCGUCCUCGCCAACACGUGCCAAGAGUUCGAGCUGGCCUCCCUCGCCGCCGUGGGAGCGCACGACGUGCUUCCCGUCGGCCCGGUGCUCCCGUCCGGCGACGAGUCCGGCAUCAUCAAGCAGGACGACGCCGAGUACAUGGAGUGGCUCGACGCCAAGCCGGAGAAUUCCGUGGUCUACGUCUCCUUCGGGAGCCUGGCUUCGAUGGCGAGGGAGCAGCUCGACGAGCUCCUCCGAGGCCUUGAGGAGAGCGGGAGGCCCUACCUCUUCGUCAUACGGAAGGACGUCAAGGUGGCACUUGCGGAGGUGGAGGCGGAGAUGAUGGGGCGUCUCAAGAACGGCAUCGCGGUGGAGUGGUGCGACCAGGUGAGGGUGCUGUCCCACACGGCGGUGGGUUGCUUCGUGACGCACUGCGGCUGGAACUCGGUGCUGGAGAGCGUGGCGAGCGGGGUGCCCAUGGUGUGCGUGCCCCGGCUGUCGGACCAGCACAUGAACGCGCAGCUCGUCGUGCGCGAGUGGCGCGUCGGCGUGCGUGCGCAGGUGGACGAUGGUGGCGUGCUGCGAGCGGCGGAGGUGCGGCGGUGCAUCGAUGAGUUGAUGGGGAAUUUGGAGGCAGCGGCGGAGGUUAGGCGAAUGGCGGGGAAGUGGAAGAGGAUAGCCGCCGAGGCCACGGCGAAAGGAGGGUCGUCAGAUCGUAAUCUCAUGGCUUUCGUGGAUGGGGCAAGGAGCACAAUUACUACACUCUCUCCUUGUAACACGACUCAUUGAGCAAGUUCAUGAGCAAUUUGAUUCCUGGAUAUUCCUAAUCUAUUCCAUUCUUGAACCAAACACAAACACAAUGUGAGGAGUGAGAAGGUGAUGGGUCACACUAUUCCUUCAACCAAAAAAUUCAUUGGUGAAUAUUAUGCAUUGAUACUAUGUAUUCUAUGAUUCUAUAUAACUCAGAGCAACUAUCCAUUGGAAAUGCUCAAAAGUAUUUAAUUA